GCCUAUCUCUUGUUUGGGUCAUAAUUCCAUAUUCAUGAGAGACAGUACGACCCAGUCGAAAAUACCUAAACCUACUUUGGUUACACGCCAUCGCAUCACAACAUCUAGAGAGGUUGGUAGUAUAGAAAAGGGAAACCCUCUAAAGGAAAUAUCGAAUGAAGCAACCUUACAAACCAACGAGGAAACAACCUCAAAGAAUUCAUUUAUUUCCAAAUGGAAAACAGUAAAACCAAAUAUAGCCUUAAAAGCUAGUCAAGAUAGAGACUAUCCACUCAGGAAAGUUCGAGACCGACUAGAAAGCCAAGAAUGGAAGAUUGAACAAGUUGAACUAACCACCAAAUCCCAUGAAGAGCAACAACGUCAAUACCAGCAACAAAUGGAUACUUUGACUAAGAAUAUAAAGAAUGUAGAAGAGCAGAUUUCAGGAAUGGAGAGCACGAUAAAGAACUUGGAAGCCGAGUUGCUCCUGGCAACUAGCGAAUUGGAAGCUGUCCAACAAAACAAAAAAGAACAAGAAAAGCUAUUAGAUGAGCUCAAAGUUGAAAAGUCAGUGGUACAAGGUCAAAUACAGGUAGAAGAGGCGAGAGUACAGUCUGUACAUAGUCGUAUUGAGGAACAAAAAGCUAUUUUAAAUAAUAUUUAUGAAGAACAGCUUUCAUUACAAAAGCAAAUAGAACUAGAGAAAUGUGAAAGUCAAGAUGAACUGUAUAAAGUGGAAGAAUUGGCUGCCAAAGAAGAAAACUUGCAAAUGGAAAUCAGAAACUUGAAGAAGCAGAAAGAGGAAAAUUUGGUAUUGCUGUCAGAACAAGAAUGCGAAAGAGAGAAAAUAGUUCAAGAAAUAUAUAAACUUGAAGCAGAUUGUCGUCGACAACAGAAAGAAAUUCAUGAAAAAGAAGAAGAAGAAAAGAGAAUAGAGAAGGAAGUCACAGAAUUGGACCUUCAAGAAGAAAGUUAUCCACAACGAAAACAAGACUUGGAACAGGAAAUUGAACAGCUAAAGAGAGACAUAAAUUUGAUAGAAGAAAGCAUUCAUCAGUGCAGAGCCAAACUUUCCCAAAAGGAGAAUGAAUACAAAACAAAAGAAGAUGCUUUGGAAGAGUUGUGGAAUUCUUCUGAAAGAGCCUUGUCAUCCGAACGGAAAAAUUUGUCUACGAUUCAAAGUCAGUUGGAGGAAGUGAAAGAAAGGAACGAACAAAUGAAACAAACCAUUAAAAAGAAAUAUGACGAUGCUGAAUAUUUUGACUCUGCUGUGGAAGAACAACAAACUUUGUUAGUGUCACUUCGGAAUAAAUUGUCUACACUAGAACUUAGAUUAGAAGACGAACGAAAUGUCCAUCUGAUCGAGCAACAGAAAUUAUAUGCUCUGCAAGAAAGAAUGCAUAGACAACAAAAUAUUGUUGAUGAAAUGAAGGAACAAAGGCUAAGAAAUGCACAAAUUCAGGAGGAUCUUCUACGAAAAGUUUACCAAAUGAGACCCAAUAUGCAAGUUUUUUGCAAAAUAGAUGAUUCCGAUUCAAGUGAAGAACCAUUCAAUGAUUCAUUUCAACAAAAUUUGGUGCUGGACAUUCAAAAUUCACAAGUUAUUGCUAGAAAAGUUCGCGAUUCUGAGGAACUCACGAGUUCCAAAUUUCCUUUUGACCAAGUUUUCACUACAGACAUUUCCAAUCAACAGAUUUUUCGACACUGUGUUGCUUUUGUCGAUCAACUUUGGAAAGGAAGAAACGUUUGCAUCUUUGGCUACUCAACACAUAAUCAUCAGCGCAAAUUAUUCUUUGAUUUGAAUCAGGGAUUAUCGUUUUUGACUAUUCUGUAUUUGUUAGAAAACAUCAAAGGCAGCUCCGAAUCUAGACAUGUUCUUGCAAUCGAGUUUUUCCGGAUUUGGAACGACGAACUUGAAGAUAUUUUGAGCUCAUCUUGUAAGGAUACCAACAGUACAGUGCAAACAGAGAACAAACAAAAUGAUACAAACCAUGGAAAUUUUUUGAUGGCAAUAGAAAUAUCGAAUGCGACACAACUUCAAGAUUGGCUAAUCUCUCGCAUAGACUCUCAAAAACUGGAGUCUGAGUCGGGUCAUUACGUUUUCAAGAUAUUCGUCAAAGACAAAGCCUCGCAAACUUCCAACAGGCCGUAUAGUAUAACUUACGUUCAUUUACAAACGCCGAAUAUUUUCAACGAUGAAACUCUAUCAACAUAUGAAACGGAUAAGAAUUUUGUUUCCUUAUUACAGCUGCUGACUCAAUUAGCCAAUAGGGAAAAGUCAGUCGUUUCUCAUUCAUUUACCUGUCUUCUUACGAACAAAAUAUUUGAAUGUCUGGAAACAUUCAAAAUACGCUACAGCUUCUCAACCUUGGUCAGAAACUCAAUUGUUGCGAAAUGGUUCAAGUAAAGGCAGUUAGCCACAGAUAGUUUUGAUAUG